AUGGCUACCAUCGCCGGCAUCGCCACCGCAGUUCUUUUCGGCAAGAACGAUUUCAAGGUAUCAUCCAAACUUUCCUCUUCUUUUGUCAUCAACUCCUCCACCACGUUGAGAUUCCCGCAGAACGCCUCCUGGCCCUCCUCUUCUCGUCGCUCUAAGCUUCACAAGUCUGUAGUUCAUGCGGAGUACAGUGAUCAUAGAGCUGGAGGCAGUGGUGGUGAUUUUGUGGCAGGCUUCCUUUUAGGUGGUGCCAUUUUUGGAACACUGGCCUACGUUUUUGCUCCCCAGAUAAGGAGGUCAAUUUUGAACGAAGAUGAAUAUGGUUUCCGAAGGGCAAGGCGACCGAUUUACUAUGAUGAAGGUUUAGAGAAAACAAGACAGACCUUGAAUGAAAAGAUAACUCAGCUGAAUUCUGCAAUUGACAAUGUCUCUUCCCGGCUUAGAGGUCGUAAUAAUGUUCCUCCAGUGGCAAUUGAGACUGAUCCUGAAGAAGCCACCAUGUAG